GACUUGCAGAUUAUUCUUGGAAAGGGGAACGCAAGUUUGGAAAAUGAAACUGUAAAGCAUUUGAACAUCCAGCCUGAUCACAAAGUUCUUGAAAUUGGGUUUGGCCCUGGUAUCGGGUUAAAUGCUGCUCUGGAAAAAGUGGAGCACUCCUCUGGUAAAGUGUAUGGCAUUGACAUUUCUGAGCAAAUAGUAAGUACUGAAUUCAAGGGAACUGUUUAUUGAGGGGGAACUGGAGAGAAGAGAGGCGGUUAGAAGAGAUCUGGGUACAAGAUUAGGGUAUCCCCCUCUCCAUCUACUCUUUUGACAUAUGCAUAUAAUAAAGUAUUAGUUUUGUGUUUGUUAAGUUCGCAUAAGCCGCUUCUGCAAUUGUUUGGUGUUCGCUGCAUUAGAUCUGUGCAGUUAGUGAGUAAAGUAAGUAAGUAACAACCUUAUUUAAUGAAGGUAGUACAUGACAGAAAAAACUGAUGGACUAGUGGCCCUCAAUCGUAAUUAAAAUAUUUAGAACUAUCUUAAUAAACAUGACAAGUUAAAAUUAGUUUUGCUUUUUAUUUUUAUUGAAGACUUAAUAUUUAUUAUAGUAUCUAGAAUGGCCCAAUCACAGUAACAAACCAGUAAACUCCAUCUAGGCGGCCCUCUUAAACUUUUGAUCUCACUUAAAGGGAAAGUUUCUUUUUCUAUUUUAUUAGCUUACAUUAUUUUUUAAUGGCAUUUUUUUUUUCAACCACAGAGUCUUUAUUAAUCUCCCUCACAGCUGUCGUCAUGCAACCCUCCUUGAGGAGCAUUGCACGAUGACACUAAAAACGGCUGCAAGGGAGACUAACUCUUUAUGGGUAUUAAUAAAGGUUGUUUUGAUGUAAGGUGUUUCUUUCUGUAUGUUAUUUGUAUUUCUUUUCUUUUCCUUUUUUUUCAUAAUUUAAAGUUUUUUCCUGCCAAGAUUAGCAUUUAUAAGCUAUUUGCGUGGCAUAAAGUAAUUGUAAACGUUAUAGUUUAUUAAAUAAAUACAUUGUUGUUGUUGUAAUGUUGUUGUUGUCUUUUAGAGUAUUCAUUUUGCAAGGUUUCGUAAGUUAUUUUGGAUCAUUCCCUGCCUGAUAAUGUCGAGUGCUUGAGUUUAUAAUGGUUUGAUUAUGUUUAUUUUGCCUUGAAAAAAAAAUUUCAGGUUGAGAGCGCACAGAGGCGUUUUAAAGAAGCGAUAAAAAGAGGGAAACUAGAAAUCCGUUUGGGCAGUGACGCCCCAUCGGGUAGGGUUUUUGCGCCGUUUUGGUCUGAAAACGAGCCUGGGGACGAGGUUGAGGUAUGGUUUUCGAGGGAACUACAGAGUGUGUGAACGUAUUUAGUGUUUCAUUUCCAAAUGAGUAAGAGAGAAAGAGAAAUACAUGCAAAUUCAAAAUGGAUUUGAAUAAUUUGUUUGCGCUUUAACGGCCAAGUAAUGACAACAUAAUUUCUGCCUAAAGGCCAGGUCUGAAAACGGGUAUGGAUUUUAGAGGUCUAGUCUGAAAACGGGUGUGGAAAAGUACAUUUUGUGGUCUGAAAUCGGGUCAGGAUAUGAGGAACUGGGCGGCACACCCCCCACCAAAAAUUCCCAGGAGUACCCCCCGGGAAAUAUAUCUAAAAAAAAUUGUUACAAGCAGAAUUUAAAGCUGUAAUUAGUAAUUUCCUUGUCUUUUGUAGAAGAUUACUGUGAUGUACUUUUACAAGGAUGGUGUUAAAUCAUUAAUUUUAGUUUAAGCAUAAGAAGCUUUAGACUGUGUUUCAUGAUAUGGUUUGAGAGAUAUAUAUCAGACAGUUUUAGCUGUUCAUUUCCUAAUCUGAGAUAUAGUCAACUUGAAUCUGCCAUUUACUGUCAAAAACGUAAUUCGAUCCCUAAAGUCUCUCUAUUAUAUGGAGGAGAGUGUUUUACGGGGAACUAAACCACUCGUAGAUUCCAUACGCCACUUCAUCCGGGACCUGAGUGGCGUAUUUUCCAUAUGUCACCUUUGUGAGUGUCGUAUCGUUCAAUGACAUCACGAUUCGCGCCUUUUGCUUUUGUUGAAUUGGUUUCUCCAUAUAAUAAAAAGAACAUUACACGUUGGCUCGAAGAUAUGAAUUUUAUGUUCGAGUGGUAAGAACAAUAUCUCACUCGUUCGCUUCGCUCACUCGUGAGAUAUUGUUCUUGCCACUCGAACUUAAAAUUCAUAUCUUCUCGCCACCGUGUAAUAUCCUCUAUUUAUUAUGUCUCCAUCUAGCGUUGUAUCGUGAUGGAUCAGGGCUUCUGAUUUUAUGCAAUUGUGUGAUUUCUCACAAAUGAUCAAAAAUUGCAUCUGAUCGCAUAUUCCAUAAGGAAUAAAAAAAUAAAUAACCCUUCUUCAGAAGGCCUGAUGUGCAUUUGAUGAUCUUCAUCGUGGCGUGCAAGUUUUAAUCUUAGUAUUUUGUCACUUAACUAUUUAAUAAUAACCAAGGUAGUUUAUGAUCUUGUUCAGAUGCAUUUUUAUGAAAAAUGUUCAUUGACAAUUAUUUCUCAGAUGAGGUUUUAGUUUAAUCUCUUGAACCCGCAACUUUGCAUCACGUUGGAAACUGUAGAAAAGAAAUGUUUGAAUGCUAUAUUAUGCAAGGCUUUGUCCCAUAGUAUUGUAAAGGGUUAUUAUCUGGGUACAUUAUUUUGUAUGUGGAUUAACAUUGCCAGCUGUUAAUAGAUGUGGAAAAUUGAAAGUGAACUUCCCUAGUCUGAGUUUCAAAACCUGUCGUUUUGCAUAUUGAAGAGGAAGCUAAGGCACUGUCACAGUUUCAACCAAUCUUUGUGUUGUUUGUCACCAUUUCUGCUGUCCUAGACCCCUGUCUCAAGGCCAUGUCCCCUGUUGGAAUUUACCCUAACAGGGUCGAUCAUUAAUCUGCCAUGAUGACUGUGCAGAAGUGGCAAAUAUCUUUUUUUUUUUUUUUAAAAUACAGGCUUUAAUUCAUUGUGUUUCUGACUUGCAGAUUAUUCUUGGAAAGGGGAACGCAAGUUUGGAAAAUGAAACUGUAAAGCAUUUGAACAUCCAGCCUGAUCACAAAGUUCUUGAAAUUGGGUUUGGCCCUGGUAUCGGGUUAAAUGCUGCUCUGGAAAAAGUGGAGCACUCCUCUGGUAAAGUGUAUGGCAUUGACAUUUCUGAGCAAAUAGUAAGUACUGAAUUCAAGGGAACUGUUUAUUGAGGGGGAACUGGAGAGAAGAGAGGCGGUUAGAAGAGAUCUGGGUACAAGAUUAGGGUAUCCCCCUCUCCAUCUACUCUUUUGACAUAUGCAUAUAAUAAAGUAUUAGUUUUGUGUUUGUUAAGUUCGCAUAAGCCGCUUCUGCAAUUGUUUGGUGUUCGCUGCAUUAGAUCUGUGCAGUUAGUGAGUAAAGUAAGUAAGUAACAACCUUAUUUAAUGAAGGUAGUACAUGACAGAAAAAACUGAUGGACUAGUGGCCCUCAAUCGUAAUUAAAAUAUUUAGAACUAUCUUAAUAAACAUGACAAGUUAAAAUUAGUUUUGCUUUUUAUUUUUAUUGAAGACUUAAUAUUUAUUAUAGUAUCUAGAAUGGCCCAAUCACAGUAACAAACCAGUAAACUCCAUCUAGGCGGCCCUCUUAAACUUUUGAUCUCACUUAAAGGGAAAGUUUCUUUUUCUAUUUUAUUAGCUUACAUUAUUUUUUAAUGGCAUUUUUUUUUUCAACCACAGAGUCUUUAUUAAUCUCCCUCACAGCUGUCGUCAUGCAACCCUCCUUGAGGAGCAUUGCACGAUGACACUAAAAACGGCUGCAAGGGAGACUAACUCUUUAUGGGUAUUAAUAAAGGUUGUUUUGAUGUAAGGUGUUUCUUUCUGUAUGUUAUUUGUAUUUCUUUUCUUUUCCUUUUUUUUCAUAAUUUAAAGUUUUUUCCUGCCAAGAUUAGCAUUUAUAAGCUAUUUGCGUGGCAUAAAGUAAUUGUAAACGUUAUAGUUUAUUAAAUAAAUACAUUGUUGUUGUUGUAAUGUUGUUGUUGUCUUUUAGAGUAUUCAUUUUGCAAGGUUUCGUAAGUUAUUUUGGAUCAUUCCCUGCCUGAUAAUGUCGAGUGCUUGAGUUUAUAAUGGUUUGAUUAUGUUUAUUUUGCCUUGAAAAAAAAAUUUCAGGUUGAGAGCGCACAGAGGCGUUUUAAAGAAGCGAUAAAAAGAGGGAAACUAGAAAUCCGUUUGGGCAGUGUUAUGGAACUUCCUUAUGAAGAUGACUUGUUUAACAGUGUGUUCCACACAAAUUGCUAUUAUUUUUGGCCAAGUCUUGAACAAGGCAUUUCAGAGAUGAAGAGGGUCUUAAAACCAAGAGGAAUCAUGUUGACUGGACUUUUUUAUGAUGCAUUACUGACAAGUACACGUAAAGGAUUUUUAAAAUAUGGACCCAACUGGCGUCCAGAGCUGUAUAUAGAAAAACUUAAAGAAGGAGGGUUUGUGGAUGUUGCCAUGGAGACAGUAACAAAACCUUCUGGCCACAACUAUCAGGUUAUAUUUGCCUCAAAACCAUAG